UAAAAUCAUUGUAAUGUGGCCAUAACCUCACAUAUUUUGAUUAAAAAGUAUUUUUAAGAGGAAAAUGUGAAAAUAUGUUAAAUUAAAUAAGUUUAAAAACUAGAUAUGAAACAAAACGCUACAAAAUGCUUCCAAGUAAACAAUGCCAAAUAUAUUUUAAACCGCUUAAAAGGUGAUACUCAGCAUUCGCUGGGCCAUUUUGACUAUGAUUUACGUAAUUACAGACUGUUAUCUAGUUCAAAUUUUAAUACAUCUAUUAAUGCUUCUUCGGAACAUGCGAAAGUGGUUAUAUGCGGGGGAGGCGUUAUGGGUGCUUCUGUCGCCUAUCAUCUUGGCAAACUAGGUUGGGGCUCAGAGACCAUACUUAUAGAGCAAAAUAGGGUUGGUGGUGGAACUACUUGGCAUGCUUCAGGCUUGGUUGGGGUUUUUAAACCCACCAUGACUCAAGUUCAACUCACAAAAUCAAGUGUGGCCCUAUACAAAGAGUUGGAGGGGCGAGGGCUACCUACAGGUUGGAAACAGUGUGGCAGUUUAAACGUAGCUCGCACGAGAGAUAGAUUUGUGGUUUUUCGCCGAAUGAAAGCUCAAUCAGUCGCGUGGAAAAUUGAAUGUGAAUUACUGACUCCUGACCAAUGUAAGCAAAAGUGUCCUUUAUUGAAAGUCGAUGAUCUUUACGGUGGGUUGUGGAUCCCUGGGGAUGGCGUAGGAGAUGCUUACCAAACCUGUUUGACUUUGGUGAAUGAAGCAAAAAAUAUGGGUGUAAAAGUUAUAGAAAAUUCUACAGUUAAAAAGGUUGUUCAAACCCAGGGUAAAGUAUCUAGUGUGGAAACCAACUUAGGGUCAAUUAAUUGUGAAUAUUUUGUUAACUGCGGUGGGUUUUGGGCCAGGGGAAUUGGCCAAAUGUCGGAGCCUAAUAUUAAGGUUCCGCUUCAUGCCGUCGAGCAUUAUUAUUUGCAUACAAAACCUAUUCCUGGAUUAGAUCCUCACACGCCAGUUGUACGCGACCAGGAUGGUCACAUUUAUUUUAGAGAAAACAAUGGACGACUAUUGGCUGGCGGUUUCGAACCAGUCGCCAAACCCGCUUUCGAAGAUGGAAAAAUUCCUGCAAACAGCAAAGAAAGAGAAUUACCAGAAGAUUGGGACCAUUUUCAUGUGCUCCUUGAACAACUUCUGCAUAGGAUUCCCAGUUUGGGAACAGCCGUGUUGGACAGAUUAUGUAAUGGUCCUGAAGCGUUUAGUCCGGAUUGCAAGUGGAUUGUGGGCGAAGCGCCGGAGAUCAGGAAUUAUUUGAUCGCUGCGGGCAUGAAAACUAUCGGUAUUUCUGCUGCUGGCGGGGUGGGAAAAGCGACCGCUGAACUAAUCGUCAACGGCGAGACUGACUACGAUAUGUACGAGCUGGAAGUGUCCAGAUUUUUGGGACUGCACAACAACAGGAAGUUUUUAAGGGACCGCGUGAAAGAAGUGCCCGGCCUUCAUUACGGGAUAAAUUACCCAUUUUUCGAAUUCCAAUCGGGUAGGAACCUACGUAUGUCGCCCGUUUAUCCUAAGCUCCUGGAAGCGGGCGCAGUGUUUGGGCAAGUUAUGGGUUAUGAACGACCUUCGUGGUUUGACCCUAUUGAGAAAGAAGACGAGGAGUUGGACUUCAUGCCUUACAGAAUAGCGCACACAAAUACAUUCGGUAAGCCUCCUUGGUUUGAUUUUGUAGCCAAGGAGUACGCUGCAUGUAGAGAGGGUGUCGGAAUCAGCGAUUAUUCAUCAUUCACAAAAGUAGAUCUUUGGUCUAAAGGCACCGAAGUAGUCGAUUCCCUACAGUACAUUUGUUCAAAUGACGUAGAUGUACCAGUUGGUAGCAUUAUACACACGGGUAUGCAAAAUCAUAGGGGUGGAUAUGAAAAUGAUUGCUCUCUUGCUAGACUAGCUGAGAAUCAUUAUAUGAUGAUUGCUCCCACAAUCCAGCAAACUAGGUGCAAAGUUUGGUUACAGAAACACCUGCCGCCGACUGUCGCGAUGUCCGAUGUCACUAGUAUGUUUACCGCAUUGUGUAUUAUGGGUCCCUUUACCCGGACUUUGCUAUCAGAACUAACAGAUACCGACCUAAAGCCCAGAAAUUUCCCCUUCUUUACGUUUAAAAUGUUGGAUAUCGGUCUUGCUAACGGUAUAAGGACCAUGAAUUUGACACACACCGGCGAGUUGGGUUACGUGCUUUAUAUUCCCAACGAGUUUGCCUUGCACGUGUAUUCCAACAUAAUAAGCGCUGGGGAGAAAUACGGUAUAAAACACGCGGGAUACUACGCCACCAGGGCGCUAAGAGUUGAGAAAUUUUACGCGUUUUGGGGGCAGGAUUUGGACACUACGACGACUCCACUAGAGUGCGGUAGGGUAUGGCGCGUUAAAUUCGACAAAGAAAUUAAUUUCAUCGGCCGUGACGCCUUGCUUAAACAAAGGGAGGAGGGCGUUAAGAGAACGUACAUUCAACUGAUUUUGGACGACCACGAUUGCGAAACUGACCUGUGGCCUUGGGGCGGAGAGCCGAUCUACAGAAAUGGCGAACAGGUUGGCAUGUGUACCACCACCGGUUAUGGAUUUACGUUCAAAAAGCAGGUUUGUUUGGGAUUCGUCGAAAAUAUAGACAAAAACGGUGAACGGCAAAAAGUAACCCACGAUUUUAUUACUAGCGGAGAUUUUGAGGUCGACAUCGCCGGAAUUAAAUAUCAUGCUAAAGCCAAUUUGCAUUCUCCCAUUCUACCAACGAAAUAUCCUGAUGUCGAGCGCGACGUUUAUCGGGCUACCCGAGGAAAAACAGAUGAAAAGGGAAAUUCGAAUGAAGUAGUGAAAGCCAUCUAAUCCGUUACCUAAUCCUGACAAAAGCAGCUAUUAUGCAAUUGUGAUUUCUUAGAUUUAGUUUGACAACAGGAAAGUGUAAAAUUAUCAAUUGUGAUAAGCUUACGUCUGCUCUUAUUUGAAUCAAUAAACUUGUGUGAGUGUAUUCUUACAAAACAUUGAAAGGCGGAUUAAACAGUUUCAAACAAUAGACCAAGAGUAAAAAUUACUGAGCUAAAUUAUUUUAUUA